AUGGCUGGGAAUUUAGCAAUACACAGUGCAAGAGCAUUCGUAAAGAGUGAGAAAGGGAGAAUUGAAGACAGGAUCAGUUCGUUACCCGACGAUUUGCUCGUUAGUAUAUUGUUGUUUCUCCCUACGAAAGAGGCCGUGUCUACAAUGAUUUUGUCAAAACGAUGGCGGUCUAUCUGGACGAUGCUACCAGAACUGGAGUACAUAGAUAGUGACUAUAAACAACUCCCUGGGAAAAAGAAAGAAAGCAUUUGGUGGUUUCUUGACGAGUCAUUGCAACUCCAUAAGGCCCCUUUAUUACAAAGAUUAAUUAUAGAACUAGGUCCAGGAUGUCCCGUUGAUGUUGAUGCUGAUAUCAUAAAGUGGAUUGCUUAUUCAGAUGAGCUCAAGGUGAACCAGCUAUACUUCAAGCUCAGCUGGUUGUCAGUGCCUAUCAUCUUGCCUGAGAGCCUUUACGUAUGUGAUACACUUGUUGACCUUACAAUUUCCGACAAGAUUCUCUUGGAUGUUCCUUCUCCGGUUUGCCUCCCAGCCUUAAAAUAUAUUUGUCUUCACUAUAUAGUCUACAAAGACGAAGAUUCUCUUGUUAGGUUUUUAUCAGGUUGUCAUGCUCUUGAGUACUUAUAUGUGGAACGACAUGACAAUGACGCCCUGAAAAAUUUCAGGGUUGAAGUGCCUUCUCUAAAGACCUUAGAGUAUACUUACGUAAAACUAGGAACAAACAAUGUAGGAAACAUGGGGGGCUCUUUGGUUAUAGAUGCUGAAACUUUAGGAGAAUUCUACCUGACAGAUUAUUCGGGAAACUCUUGCUUGAUUGAGAACAAGCCUCGGCUUGACAGGGCAACUAUAAGCGUUUUAUGUUAUCCUAAUGACAACUUUAUGAAAUCUCUUUCCUCGGUCAUAUAUCUCUACAUACUUUUGAGCACUGAAACGGUUGUGUGUUGUCACGCUAUUAACUUCUCCCAACUUAUAGAGUGCACAAUAAUUUCAUUACAGUUUGACUGGUUGCAACCAUUUAUGUGUUUUCUUCAAAAUUCUCCUCAACUAAAAGUUCUUCUCAUCGACCAGUUAGAUGGAGAUUUUCCACUCUCGUUCACCCCACCGAGUUCUGUACCAGGAUGUUUGUCAACCCAUCUCGAGAUGUUUGAGUGGAAAGGAUAUAGAGGACGAAACGGAGAGAAAGAAGUUGUAAAGUACAUACUUGCCAACUCCAAGUAUUUAAAAAGAGCUGCAAUCAUCAUUAAACCUUGCAGUCUUGAAAAUAAAAAGAAGAUGAUCAAAGAGUUGAAAUCUGUGUCAAGGGUUUCACCAUUAUCUCGGCUUCUCUUUUCUCCACUCAAUUGGAUUCCGUGGUAUAUAUAG